AUGUCACUGUUAACGGCUGAAGCCAUCUGGGACCAUGUUGCUAUUUUGCCCGAUGAACUUCCAUUUGCUUCUGGUGAUUCUAUCACAAUACUUGAUUAUUCGUCACAUCCAGAGUUAUGGUAUGGAAGUUGCGGUGAAAGUACUGGCUGGUUUCCUUCUUCUUAUGUUCGACUGAUCAAUGGAACUGCACCUGAACGAAGUAAUUCUUUACCUUCGUUUCCACAGUCACUGCGGCAUUUAAGGAAACAAAUAAUUGAAGAAUUGAUGUCAACUGAACGAGAUUACGUACAUCUCCUUCAGGAUUUAGUUGAAGGUUUCGUUUUUCAAACUCGAAAACGAAUUGAAAUGUUCUCUUCUGAUUGUAUACAACGGUUAUUUGCUAAUAUUGAAGCAAUUCGUACUUUUCAUUGUAAAUUUUUACGUGAACUCGAACUAUCAUUGAAUCAGAAUCUACUCGAAGAUUCUUAUAUAGGAGCUGUUUUCCUCCGAAAUGUUCAAUAUUGCAAUAAUCGCCCGAUUUCUUGUGCAGAGCUUCUUGCACUUAAUGAAAAGCCACAUUAUCAUCAAUUCUUCGAGGCUUGUCGAUUAUUGAGAGGAAUGCCAAAGCUUUCAUUGGAAGGAUUUUUAUUAACUCCAGUUCAAAGAAUAUGUAGAUAUCCAUUACAGUUGGCCGAACUGCUCAAGGCGACACCUGUCUCGCAUGUUGAUCGAGAACCUGUUCAAGCGGCAACUACUGCAAUGAAAAAUAUUGCUGCGAUGAUAAACGAGAAAAAAAGGCGACUUGAAGGUCUACAAAAAAUAGCCCUUUGGCAAAAAAAUGUCGAUGGUUGGCGAGGACCUGAUUUAUUCGAAACGAAUAGUCGAAUGAUUCGCAGUGGUGAAGUAUCAUGCAGAUGCAUAAUUAAUGCUGAAAUAGUUUGGCAUAAGGAUGUUUUAUUAUUUCUUUUUGAUCAGUCAAUUGUUAUUUGCAAGAAAGAUCUCAUUAGACGGCAUCAUUAUUUAUUCAAGGAUCGACUAUCGCUAAUAAAAGCCAAGUUGAUCGAUUGUACCGAUGGAAGAGAUAGUCAUCUUGGCAUAACGUUAAAGAAUGCUUGGAAACUUAUAACGAUGGGUAAGGAAUUAAUAUUUUCAUGUAAAGACAAAAAUGAUAAACGAGAAUGGAUUGAACAAAUAUUAAAGAGAGUUGAAUGUUCACCACCAACUGCAGAAGAGCGAAGGCUUGUGCAUGCGAAAUCCGAAAUGGCUCCAUUGUAUUUGAAGACUUCUGGUCGUUUCUCAUGGAAAAAAAAUAAGAAUUAG